UUUUUUCUCACUUGCCCUGUUGACUUUGCUCACAAAGAAGGCGUGGCCAUGACGCGCCUCGCGUCCUCCGCUGAAGCUUCCGCGAUCGAUCGCCGGUGAGGUGAUGCCGUCCCGCUCUGCCAUGGCUGCUAGUAGCUAGGCCUCAGACCGCUGCGGAUUCUCUUGUCGGUCUCACGUUUCCUGGUGGAGCAUCCGGUUCCUAGGUACUACCAAACAUUCUCUGGUAAACCCGUCCAGGCCGGGAGCUCUUCUUUGCUGUGGGUGGAGCACGUGUGUUGUCAAGAUUGCACACGAGCGGGAUUUUUGGAUUCAGAUGGGUGCUUGUGGAUUGGAUGGGUGUUUCUGUGUUGAGGUGAUCGGUUGGUUGUCUGCUCGUCUCUGAUUUGGUGGAGUGGGAAUUUCGCUGAUUGUGGCGGUGGUGACCAGGAGGAGGCACGCCAUGUGUUUGCGGAAUUGUGGCAGCCAGCGCUGAGUCCUGGAUUCCCUCAAGAAAGGAGCUGCUCUUUGCGCGGUGAUCUGAGGUGGAAUUCUCCCCGAGUUCUUGAAGCGGAGCCAUGGACGUCGUGCAAGUUCUUGCCUCGGCGACGCAACUUGUGUCGGCGAUGGUGUCCGCGGUCGGGGCUCUCGAGCAGGCGGCCUCGGACUUCGCCGAAGCGCCGAGGCGGCUCCAAGUACUCGAGGACUUCGUGUCCGACCUCGAGGCACUGACGCAGCAGGCGAAGCAGAGGCAUGCGCACAAGAUGCACGGGCCACAGCUCGAGCGCCAGUUCCAGAGCCUGAGCAGGCUCAUGGACCAGCUCCACGCUAACAUCGCCAAGGCGAGGCUGGUCCUCAAGAAGGGGAAGGGGAAAGGGUUUGCCAGGGUGGUGCGGAGCUCUGUUGUCGGGGACCCGCUCAUGAAGUACGUCAAGCUGAUCAGGGACGACCUCAACUGGUGGCUGGAGUUGCAGGAGUUGACCCAGAGCGUCGGUGAUGCCCUAGCGUCUACCGCUAAGAGCACGCCAUCUUUGGUGAGAGUCAAGUCAGAGCAUGGCUAUCCAGUGUCAAAGAAGUGCAGCUAUGUCAGGGAGCUGCUGGAGAGGGAUGUCGGUCAUCGAGUCGUCCUGAUUGUCGGGUUAUCUGGUAUUGGGAAGUCUUGUCUUGCUCGACAAAUAGCUUCUGAUCCGCCUGGUAACUUUGUAGAUGGGGCAAUUGAGGUUAGUUUCGGGCGGUGGUGUAGCAGAGCAGCAUGCAAUGGGAGCAGGAGUGAAUACCAUAAGCGUCUGGUUAGGAAGAUCUGCAAGUUCUUAGUGCAGAUCGGUUCCAUGACUGUCAAUGGGGAGAUGGGAAAAGAUCUUGAUGAUGUAUGUUGCUUGCUCCAUACAGCGUUGGUUGGAAGGAACAUGUUGAUCCUACUUGAUGAUGUCUGGGAGCAAGACAUUGUUGAUCGCUUCACAAAAUUAUAUGAUAACGAUUGCCGGUAUCUUGUGACAACAAGGGAUGAAGCGAUCUAUGAGAUAGCAGAAGCGGAAAAAGUUGAAAUAUCCAAAGAUGACAUUAAGGAGAUCAGCAAGGAAAUUCUUCUCUAUCACAGCCUUCUUACCGUCAGAGAGCUUCCGCCUGCUGCAAACAUCUUGCUGGAUCGUUGUGGUCACCAUCCCCUUACAGUUGCCGUCAUGGGCAAGGCUCUCAGGAAGGAGAGCAGAGUGGAAAAAUGGGAGAAAGCCAUAUCCAACCUUUCCACAUAUGCCACUUGUGCACCAGGGCCAGUUUCAUAUGUCAAUGAGAAAGACGUGGAGACCACAUUGACCAUAUUUGGAUCUUUUGAGUUUAGCUUAGAAGCAAUGCCAGAAAAUUCAAGAGGUUUUUUCGUAGUUCUUGCAGCUAUCUCUUGGGAAGAACCUGUUCCAGAGGCUUGCCUGGAAUCCAUUUGGUCAGCACUUGUGCAGGACAGUUUGUUCUCUCUCGUAGUUUCAAAACUAGUAGAAGGCUCACUUAUUAUCAAACUGGAGGACCAACUGUUGUAUCACAUGCAUGACAUGGUUUCGCUUUACCUUGAGAACAAAACAACUGAUGCUGUUCGUACUCUUUUAUCUGAAUCAUUUUCUGAAUAUGCUGCAUUAGUGGCUCCUUGGCUUUUUGUUUUUGGAAAAGAGUGCGUGAAAAGGCCAGCUGAACAGAAGAUGAGAUCGUUCUUUUCUCUGCUAGAGUUCGUGGAGAUUGAGAUUUUAUUGGAAAGCACGACUCAAGCUCUCAUGGCAUGCAGAUCCAUAUCUGACUUUGAGGCAAGCAGACUUGGGUUCAGCAAAAUACUUGGCCCUCAAAUAGCAGAGAUAAUUUCUGUUGGGUCAUCAGCUCUCAUUUUUGCAGUCACCAGGGCAAUUACGGUUAUCUUUUUCCAAUUAGACUAUGUAAAUCUUGCCCAGUCUCUUGAAACAGCAGGUUCCAUGGAUAAGUUAAUUGGUCUUCUUGGUGUCUGUGAAGAUUCUUCCACUCUAGUUAACAUUUCUACUGUUCUUGCCAAGAUAUCUGAGCAUGUUGAUUCCUCAACUGCUGAUGAAAUUUUGUCAAGAAUUCCCAUGGACCGAAUUGCAGAUCUUUUGUCUCCAGAAAAUGAGCAGUGGCAUGAACUCGUGUUUACAGCUCUUGCAUCUUUGAUAAAAGUUGGAAAGUUAAAGGCUGUUGAGACCAUGAUCGAAUCAGGAAUUGACAAGAAACUUCUUGUACUUCUAGGCAGCGGUUCCGAGAUCUCACAGCAUCAUGCAAUUGUUAUGCUCAAAACUUUCUGUGAGCUUGGUGCACCACUUCAAGGGUGCAUGGGGCCUGCAGUGUUGAUUCAUUUGCCCUGGCAUGCUCGGCUCAGCUUGGAGAGAUUUGUUUUAUUUGACCAAAAUGUGCCUCCAUCUCCAAAGCCUCAACAAUCUUUUGAGGUGAUUCUUCAUAAGAUCCUACAAAGGGACAACAAAGAUGUCAUUGAAGCUAUCCAAGGUUUGUUACCUUUUGCUGAGAAGGCUAAUGAUUCAAGGGUGCAAGAUCUCCUUUUGGGAAGCAAUCUGUUUGAUAGGUUGGCAUUUCUCCUGCAAUGCAGAGAAGUCGAAAGCAAUCAAGUGAGGUCUCAGUCUGCCUUUCUGGUGAUGAAAUUAGCCUGCACUGGAGGAGAGCCGUAUGUCCGUAGGUACCUGGAGCUUAAUAUUGUUCACGAGCUCAUUGAUAUGAUGCAAUGCAACAUUGAUGAGCUCCAGGAUUCAGCAUAUUAUGCCCUCCAUAAGAUUGUCUUCGCAAAGGGUGGAUCGCUUGUCUUACAAAGAUUUCUACAACUAGGAACCAUAGAAAAAUUGGUGAACUUGCUCGACCGCAAGUCUGUGAAGACAAAGGAUCUAGCCAUGCAACUUUUGGUGGACAUUGUGGUGGUCGGAACCAAACCCUGCAUUGAAAGAAUGCUCUCCUCUCAAGUCAUUGAGAAGUUUGUGGCCCUUGAGAAAGCCGGUGGGUCUUUCAGUGGAGCGGUGUCGAGAUACAUCCAAGGAUUGAACAUGUGCAAGAAUGUCCAGUCUGCUGAGAGAUCGGUGAUGAAGCAACAUAUUUUGAGGAAGGUGAGAUCGGCAGUGAGAGGUCAUAAGCUGGAGGCAAGCCUAGUGGCCUCUGUGGAGGCCUGCAUUGCUGAAGGUUCUAAAGGCGCCAGCAGUAGCAGGAAAAAGAAGUAGCAUUUGGCUGCGCAUUUCAGCAACCAGAACAUACAGAUUCUACUUAUGCCAAUUGCAUAUUCAGAGGAUGACUCAUCAGUUAAGAUAUUUCUUUCGACAUUGCUAAUUUUACAACGCUGGACAAUUCUUCUUGAUCGUUUUGGCAUUGGACAUUGAUCUUCGUCUGAUGUGGAUUUCAGCACUGAGAACCCAAGAAUUCAGAAAUGGUUAACGAAACCAAAUGACAUCUGAAGAAGAUGCAGAAUUGAGUGAAGUAUGCUACUCACUGCUGCCAAGAACCCACCUGAUGCGGGUGACUGAAACAUCUAUGACUUGUUACGUGGAUCUUGGUCCGCAUUCCUUGUGCACUGCGAUGUACAAAUUUCGUUGUAUCCUCAGAUAGUCAGAUACAUGUUCUCUGUUAUAAAAUAAUCCCUCCAGUCACAAAAGAAUGACUUCUUGGGAUACAUAUAGUCAAACUUUGUAAAGUUUAGUCACUGAUAUUUUUUUAAUGAAUAUGUAGGGCAACGUGUUUAGCGA